UAUGGGUUUAGUUUGAUAGGAGUCGUAAAGAAAUCAACAUCACACAACAAAGCACUCGAGCCGCCGUCCGAUUGCGAGUGUGUGUGCGAGAGAGGGAUCCCGAAAGAAUCCGAGAAUCUAACGGUCUUCUUGGGGCCGCCAGCCUAACUAUUCGCUCGCUCUCCGCCGCCGCGGUCGCUCCGCAGCGCUCUCUUCCCCGGCGCUACUUGCUCCAAUUGACAGAUCAUAAUAAUAAUAAUAAUACUGGUAAUAAUCAUAACGAUAAUCGUAAAGAAUUAGAACCGCAAUCAGUCGCACAUUGGCCCUCGCACGGCGCAGACACUGAACACGUUGGAUUCGCCAUCGAAACCGCUACCAGUAAUCGUUACAUUUACCGCUAUAAUCGUAAUCGUAGCCGUAAUCCUAAAGGAAAACAAAAAUCGCGCGCGUUUUGAGUGUCCCGGAUUUCGUCCCGUAAUUAAAUUGUGCAAUAACCAAUUACUUAAUGGUUCCCGCGGAUCUGUGCUAAACUGUGCUACACCCGAAAGUUCCAAUUGAUCAAGCCAAAUCCUACUGCCUAAGUGAUUAUUCUAUUCUUACACAAAAAACAUAUAGUGCGAAUUUGCUGAACAACGUUUUCUAGUCCCCCGCAAAUCGAGCAAUAUAUCCAAUACACCAACAACAAACAAGGCAAAACAGCUAACUCUUCCAACUCGAAUAGCAACAACAAAUAAUACAGAGUCAGAAAAGCGUAGGACAGCCAAAAAAUAAAAAAGAAAAAAAUAUAUAUCUAGCAAAAAAGGAGAAGAAAAAGUUUCGUUUCCACUGCGGGCAAAGUUUUUAUAUUUUGGCGCACGUGCAAGGUUGAGAAAUACGAGAAAAGCCGACAGGAUUGAAGGAUAAGCGCACGUUAUUGGAUUUAGAAGUGCAAUUUUUUUGGAUUAACCCCGCUGUAAAUGGAUAACAAACGCGGUCAACUUACAUGGAUUACAACAAUUUAGCCGCACAUCGGAAUAAGAGUUUCAAAAUCAAAAUUGAGGAAUACCAACUAGAGGAUAAGGCUAUUUAAGGAUUAACGGACACCAAGGAGAGGGGAUUUUCUACACCAAAUCGAGAGACAAGAGACGAGGAGCGCAGGUUCAUUUCGUCGUUUUUGGCCAAGACAGCAAACAGAGGAACAGCAAAGCGGAAAUCAUUUUAUACCUCACACAACAACUACACACUAACUAAGAUUAGGCUACGCAACUGUACAUUGUACUUAAGUGUUCAAAGGAUAUUUAGUUUACUUUGUAUAUAAGGAAAGUAGCUAAAAGCACGGAGACGGGGAAGCACCACAGUCACUAGACACUAAGCAGAGUCACAGUCACGAUCACGUUCACGCCAGGAUCAGGAUUAGCGGCGGGGUCAGCAGACGCUGAAGCAGCCGCCACGAUGACGAUGAGUACAAACAACUGCGAGAGCAUGACGUCGUACUUUACCAACUCGUACAUGGGGGCGGACAUGCACCAUGGUCACUAUCCGGGCAACGGGGUCACCGAUCUCGACGCCCAGCAGAUGCACCACUACAGCCAGAACCCCAACCAUCAGGGCAAUAUGCCCUACCCGCGCUUCCCGCCCUACGACCGCAUGCCCUACUACAACGGCCAGGGAAUGGACCAGCAGCAGCAGCAACAGCAGCAGCACCAGGUCUACUCCCGCCCGGACAGCCCCUCCAGCCAGGUGGGCGGGGUCAUGCCGCAGGCGCAGACCAACGGCCAGCUGGUGCCGCAACAGCAGCAGCAGCAACAGCAGCAGCAGCCCUCGCAGAACCAGCAGCAGCAGCCGCAGCAGGCGCCGCAGCAGCACCAGCAGCAACUGCCCCAGGUGACGCAACAGGUUACACAUCCGCAGCAGCAGCAGCAGCCGGUCGUCUACGCCAGCUGCAAGCUCCAAGCGGCAGUCGGUAACCUGGGCCUGGUGCCCGAGGGGGGAUCUCCGCCGCUGGUCGACCAGAUGACCGGCCACCACAUGAACGCCCAAAUGACGCUGCCCCACCACAUGGGCCAUCCGCAGGCGCAGCUGGGCUACACGGACGUGGGAGUUCCCGACGUGACAGAGGUGCAUCAGAACCAUCACAACAUGGGCAUGUAUGGACAGCAGCAGACGGGAGUGCCUCCGGUGGGCGCUCCGCCCCAGGGCAUGAUGCACCAGGGCCAGGGUCCACCGCAGAUGCACCAGGGCCAUCCUGGCCAACACACGCCCCCUUCCCAAAACCCGAACUCGCAGUCCUCGGGGAUGCCGUCUCCACUGUAUCCCUGGAUGCGAAGUCAGUUUGGUAAGUGUCAAGAACGCAAACGGGGAAGACAGACGUACACGCGGUACCAGACGCUGGAGCUGGAGAAGGAGUUCCACUUCAACCGCUACUUGACCCGCCGGCGAAGGAUCGAGAUCGCCCACGCCCUGUGCCUCACGGAGCGGCAGAUCAAGAUCUGGUUCCAGAACCGGCGCAUGAAGUGGAAGAAGGAGAACAAGACGAAGGGCGAGCCGGGAUCCGGAGGCGAGGGCGACGAGAUAACGCCACCCAACAGUCCCCAGUGAAUCCCUAGCAGAGCAGGCUGAUCCGUUCACGUUCACCACUUCACCAGUUAAAUGAAAUUUCUAUCUAAAUACAAUUUACGUUAGUUUGGAGAGCGCAAAUGAAUUUACGAGUGCUCCGAUCGAUCCCAGAGGACACCCACUAUCUACCCAAUCCGUUGAACUGCGCGUGGAGCACACUAAACAAAGAGCAGAGCUGAGAACUCUACCUACAACUUAGUUAAUUGUUAUUAUUUUCUACUUAUUAUUUAAUUGUACACGAAGAAGGCGAAAUAAGAUAGCGUAGACGUGAAGAUACCGAUCGCGGUGGAGAUACAAGUAAAGCGUAAAACUCAAACAAAACCAACUCAUGUGACCUCAGAUCUAAAUAAGCUAUAUUUAACUAUAAUGCAUAUAUAUACACAUAAAUAUAUGGAUAACUAUACAUGAUACCAAGUAAAGCUAGAGCCAGGAGCGGAGUUAGAGUUAUACAUAAAUAAAUAUAUAUGAAGCAUAUAUACUAUAUACACGAUAACAUUAGCUCUACGCGUCAUAAGUACUGUACGAUUAACUUAUAUAUGUAUACACCCAGCAUAAACCCUAAACCUAAACGUAAACCCCUUAAUAAAUCAAUGUUUGUAGCAAUCCUAGCGCAAAACUACGAAAUAAAACCCAAUAAAAAUCUACAAAAAUCCAAGUGGCGUCGAAAUCCAUUUCAUGCUGGUUCUAGAACCCCCAAAACUAUUUCAUAAACCAAGAUAAUACAAGUGAAUGUCGCAGAUUUAGAGAAUGAGAUACCAAAACCGCAGAAAGACGUCGCCUAAAGUAAACAAUUCAAAGUAAAACCUAUUCACAGACAGAAAGAAUCGCAGGAUAUUGGCAAAACUUUUUUGGCAAAUUAAUCGUUUUAAAACUCGCAACUGGAGCCCCAUUUUGGGAGCUUCUCAAUUACUUCUUUUAUUUUAUUUUAUUUUUUAAUUAUUUGUGCAAUUUUUAGUUUGUUGCAAAAGUAAAACUCGAAUUAGGUCGAAAAGGAUAUAAAGUAUACCGAAAUGCAUAAAAUAUGAAUUGGAAUAAUUAUAAAUUGUUAAAAGAAGAACACAAAGAAUAUGUAUAAAUAAUGAAGGCAGACAAAACCCCUGUAAAGUAGUAAAAUGAAUGCAUUAUUAUGCAUUAAACCCCUUGAAGGCAGAACCGAGCGAUUUCAAUACGAUUAUAGACGCCUAACAACUAUUUAAAUGUAUGUACGUAACUCAAACUCAAUUUCCACGCCAUCUGUGGAAAUCCAUAUACCAAAGUCAAAGGAACGUAGGAGAAAAGAUUAAGUUGGGAAGGGAAAAGCAUAAAGCAUAAUAUGUUUAUAUGUAGAUAUAUAUAAUUAAACAACUUAAUAUAAAACAUGUAACUCUGUAGAGCGUUUCGUUUUGUAAAUCCCCUUGAGAGAACCUUUCCCGAAAAACCGAUUCCCGAUUUGUGAUUUGCAAGCAGAGAAAAAAGUCAACGAAAAUCGAAAGAAAACCUUUACAUUGGCUAUAACAACCCUUGAGAGCGGAAUUCAACUCAAUCCAGAUACGUAACUUUCGGCCUCAUUCUGUAAGAAACUAAAUGUAUAAGUUUCAAAUCUAAAAUUUCAUGAAAAAAAUUGGAAAAAUUACAGAAAAAUAUAGAAUGUAGAAAUUCACAAAAAAAAAAAAAACAUAAAACAAAAUUCAAAAGCGUUGAAAAAUAUAUAUAUUUGAAAUACAAAAAAAAAAAAAAUUAAAUAUACUUAAACAUUUGUGCGAAAUUGAAACGAAAUGUGGAAGCUAAACAAUUUGUUGUAAAUAAAAUUUAAACUUUAGUGUAAACAAGAAGACGAGGAGUGCAGUUUAAGAGCUGCCAAGGCAAAGCGAAAAAGCAUAAAGAAAAAUUAUAAUUAAAUUACAAAUGAGAUUUUGUUUUUAUUUGUAAUAUUUAUAAUAAAAAUAUAGUAUUUAAAAAUUUAAGUAUGCGUAGUUUUUCAUUGAAUUGGUUGCCUUUUGGGGUUUUAAACAGACAACAACUUCAUGGUAAGUUUUUGAGAUUUAAGUUAUUUAAAACUUCCAUUAACAAUUUAUUUAUUUCCAGUGAUUUUCAAUCCGUGAAUGGCCAAUGGAGUCGUGGCUUUCUAAGGCCAACGAUUAUGUCAGAGGGCCCCGAACUCGGACCAUUUUUGAAAACGAUCUUAUUAAUCUGACAUCAUAAUAAGCGAUUAAUCACGUGGCAUUAACGACACACCGGCCAACGGGCAACGGGCAACGGCCAGUGGCCAACCCAGACACCUGAGCCAAGAUCCGGACCCAAAGACCACGAUCAGCAGCUGCUCCACCCGCAUAAACCCCGUUGGCCGCUCACUGAACUCAACCCGAUCUCCGGGGCCAGGCAGGAGCUCAAACAAAUUGAAUUCGCAUUGUUCGCAUAAUCGCCGGCCAUUUGUAAUCGCGUAUUCAGUGAAUGUGCUCACGUUUGUGUCACCCGAAUCACAUGAAUAAUUCGGCAGAAUGUUUGCGCUUGCAAGAGUUCCCAGCAGCCAUCCUCCGAGGUGUCCGCCGCAUCCCUAGUUGACAUAAAUAGCCACAGUUUUGAGCAGCUGCCAAUUUGGACUCACGGAUGCGAGCGUGAAUAUUCCAUUUCCAUGGCCGAAUCAGCGACAUCGAGAGGACGCAUCUAUUCCCACAAGAUUUUCUGCCAAGUUUGAGUUCCUAUUUGGUUUUCGGUCUGCUGAAGUUAAUUAAAAAUGGUUUCUUCUGGGCCCCAACAAAACAGAAUUAGCCUUAAGAUUCCUACCUAGACUGUAGCUGUAGAGUACUAUAUGAAUGUAAACACAUUUAUGCUGAGAAUCUUGCACUCGAUGGGGUGUGAUAAUGAGUUCUAUGGCUUAUUACAAAUAUAUAUUCGAGGGGCAGUUUUGUAAUUUUAACUAAAUCAUCCACAAUGUUUAUAUGAUGAUAUUAAUCUGGCAAUAUUAUAAUGAAAUGUCUGGUGGAGUAGCUAUAAAGGAUAUUCUGUUGAUGCCGCAUAUCA